AUGGUGCUCGAUAUUGGUGAAUCUCAAAUAUUUUUUUGGCCUCCAGGUCUUGACCAAGGCGACAACGGCCAAACGAAAUCACAUGCUAUUUCUCCGAAAGACCUUGCUAUCAUUGACAAAUUCGACAAUGUCAUCGAUGAAGUUGUAAGAGAGCUUUUCGACGAAGUUUUGGAUAAGAUUGUUGGUUACUUCAAUAAUGAAGAGGGGACAAUUCACCACAAGAACAAGGCUCAAGUCAAAGUAACUUCACGCAAAAUGAUUAUGGCAAUAAUUCGGUGUAACAUUUCCGAUGUGGGUCGUAUAACCGAUGGUGUUAUGAAUCGACUUCAAGGCGAAGUUAGCAGUACGGUGGUGCUUAAACCUGGCGACACGAAUGUUUUCAACGUUGUUGACAAACUCAGGAGUAAUGGUGAAAAGGAAAAGCAGCUACUCAUUGUGGAACAGGCAGAAUCUCUCAGUCCUAAUAUUCUGAAUGGGCUGUUCUACGCUUUGUCUUCUCUUACCGGCAACAUAAGAAUUCUCUUAUGCUUACGAAUGUCCACAAAACGUGCAACUUUUUUCUCUGCUCUAUCCCGAAGAGUUUUGUCGUCACUCGAUUUAAAGUGCUUCUCGUUAUCCUCUUCCGAGAAGGUGUUUGAUCGUCUUGUCUCCGCUGUGCUACUCAAUCCAACCUUCACUCAUUUGAAAAUCGAGCCGUCAUUUGCCAGAUUUUUAAGAUCAUCUUUCUUCCGAGACGACUUUUCUAUCACUUUUGUGAAAAAAUCGCUCCGAUUCGCCCUGAUGCAGCAGUUGUGGAGAAUGCAGAAACUAGACACAAGCAAUGAGUCAUCGAAGAAGUUCACAAGUAGCAUGGACGACUACAUGAAUGUUCUGACCUUCCUCCAUGACUGUUUAUUCGGUUCAGAAAAAAUCGCGUUCACGAAAAGUAAUCCUAAUGAAGUUUGCCGUUCUGGCGAAUAUUUUCAACCACCACAGCAGAUUCUCCUACGGUCCGUUCUACGGCCGAUUUCGUCGCUUCCGAACUCAUCCAAUUUCUUGAUAGGCAUGAACACUAUAAACUCUCUGGCACCGGAUGUUGUCCAACAUAUAGAAGAGUCGAUUGUAUCUCAAAAGGGACAAUUGUUGAAUAUUGCUGUGCACGCUCUGUUAAAACAAGGACGGUGGAAAACGGUUGCUCUAUCUGAAUGGGGGAAAACGUUUGCAGCUGACUGUAUUGCUGAGCAUGCUGAUGUAGACGAGAUCCAAAUCGAACCGAUGUUCUUUGCAUGUGUUGGACAGUUGGAAGUGAUGGGAAUCGUAAGAGGGAGCAGUGACCAUGAAACUCCUUCCGUUACUAUCGCUCACCAUGUUCUCACUUCAGUAGUUUGA